CAAGAAUUUGAACUGCGCGGGUGCUCAGGGGCCUCGCGUCGGCAUUUGGAAGUGGACCAUUGCAAAUGCGCGCAUGAAUGCAAUUCUGACAGUAUGAUUGCAACGCGAACACCAUCGGCCCCCUCCUCGACGUUGACACGCAGCAAUAGCUAUCACGCGUCGCCACAUGCAGCGCAAUCGAUGCCUUCCGACAGAGCAGCGCGGGAACCGAUGCCAAACGCGGCCCAGCCGUCGAGCCAAACGGCACCACUGCACCAGCACCCGAGCCCGUACCCCUCCUCCGCCGACCGCUGCUUGAUCUGCCUCACGCGGCCCGACGACUUCGAGGACCCCGCGCGCGGCAUGACGUGCGGCAUGUGCUCGGCCUGCGGCACCUUCUUCUGCGGUAGCGAGCGGUGUCCACAAUCCACGCCGUCGCCACGAAACACGUGAAAAAACGCAGGCGAGUGCAAACCCCAGCUCGCCCGUAGAGCAUGCGCCGCGGACGCCGACCGCGACCUGAAAGAGCGCGGCUGGGGCGCCUGCCCCGCCUGCCGCGCACCAUUAAGGGCGUCGCACUCCGAGAACGUCAAGCGCCUCGAACGGCUCCUCGUCACGCGGACCGAGGGCAAGCACGUGGCCCGCGUGCAGUACAAGCUCGGCCUGGCCUACGAACUGGGACGGGGCGCGGGCCGCGACGACGCCAAGGCGUCGUCCUUGUACGAGGCGGCGGCGAAGGGCGGCCACGUCAAGGCCAUGUUCGCCUACGCCAUUUCGUUGGACGAGGGCCGCGGUCUUCAACGCGAUGCCACAAAGGCCGUCGAGUGGUUCCAACACGCGGCCGCGAAGGGCUCGGCGAAGGCGCAGUUCUCGCUCGGCAUCCGCUUCGCCGAGGGCCGCGGCGUGGCGCGGGACCCGGGCCGGGCCUUGCACUGGUUCGAGAAGGUAUUCGACAGCGUCCUUCUGAUUCGCGUCGAUGGCGUCGACGUUGUGUGUACUUCUAGCCCACACGCCAUCGCCACGAGAAAGCAUCGCGAUCGCACCACGAACACAAAAACACCACGAAACAACGCAGGCCGCCUCCCAGAACCACGCCAAGGCCCGCUGCAACCUGGGCAUCAUGUUCGCGAGCGGGAUUGGAGUCGCGCGGGACGAUUCAAAAGCCGCGCGCUACUACCUCGCGGCGGCGACGGGCGGCGUGCCGCGCGCCAUGUUUGAUUUAGCUGUCCUCUACGCGCGGGGCCGCGGCGUGCUGAAGGACGACGUCGCGGCGGUGGCGUGGUGCGAGCGGGCGGCGAUCGCCGGCGACGCCGCGGCGUGCGUGAACAUGGCCCACGUUUCAGGACAGGGUCUCGUCGGGCGCUGCCCCGAUUCUCGAGCCGCGCGGCGGUGGUUGGAUCUGGCGGCGCGGCGGCGCGGUUCUAGAAGAGACGACGCGCGCGACACGGCCGUCUCAUCUUUGGUCGCGGCGGCGCCGGCGCCGCAGCUGCGGUCCCUGGUCCCGGGGCCGGCGCCGACGUCGCCGAAGGACUCGCGCGUUUUUCUGCCCGCCCUCCCCGUCUAA